AUGUCCGCGAGACGGCCACGAGCCGGCCGUGGCCGAGGUCGCGGUCGCGGCCGAGGCAGCACGAUGAUUUGGGAAUGGGAGUCCUACACCCCCUCCCCCGCCGUCUACGACAACAUCUGGCACAUCCGCCAAGCCCCCGUCUCCGUGUCGCCCCACGUACCCGACGACUGCCCCAUCCCCGACGCACUCACGCGCAUCCUCGAGCGCCGCCAGACCGAAGACGGACUGGGGCGCAACUUCUACUUCGUCGAGAUCACGUACCUGGGCGGGCAGGAGCAGACGGGCACGUGGGUGCAGAGCAGCGAUGAGCGCGAGAGGGGCGGGACCGAGGUCGAGAGGGUGGACGUGAGUCGCAUACUGCAGUAUGUGAGCCCGAGGGAGCUGGAGAGGUUCGAGAAUGAGCAGUUCCGGGUCGAGGCCGAGGCGCAGGCUGUUGCGGAUCGGGAGGACGAGCAGGAGCAGGUCCGGAGGAGGAUGGAGAAGAAUGCGCGCGUGGCGGGGAGGGGGCGAGGGCGAAGCAGGGGCGGGGGAGGAGGCCGCUGGCGGGGAAGAGGGGGCUUGCUAUCCGGUAGCGCUUCUCAUCGCGAGCUUCCCCAGGGCGAGAUCAUCGACGGCCAGCCGAGCCAGACACAUACCCAAGGGCCACCCACGUCACGUGACGACAUCACCAAGAUCACCGAGAUCGCCGAGAUCACCGAGAUCACCGAGGCCACCGAGACCACCGAGACCAGCAUGGAAUCCGAGCAAGCAGAGUCCGAGGACGACUUGUCAGAACCAACAUCGCCAGGCCUGAUGCGCUCUGCCUUCGUAGCCAACAGUGCACUUCCGCUCUCCUCUCCAGUGCGGCUGCGUCGACCUGCGCCCCCAAAAGGGCUGCAGCAGCGCCACGCAGAAGCGCCACAUGUCGGCGACAUCGUCACUGCCGCAGCAGACAACAAACGUGCUUAUGUUUCAAGUGCGGCCGUGCCACUCCAGUUUGCACGCAGGUUCGGCGGCAUCGCAGCAGCAGAGUCAGAGUCGGCGAGUUCGGACGACGACGACGUCGUGCAUCCAAGCAAGCGGCGCAAGACAGAGAGCGUCGAACCCCAGCAAACACUCAUGUUCCCGCCCUCGUCACAAAUCGCAGAAUCAGACUCCGGGAGGGAAGCCGCCUCCAUCCCUGCAGACCCCCCAUCAACCGUCAAAGUACACAAGUACCACGAUGCCAAUCUCGCUGUCCACAACACGCCUCGUGCUGCUCCCUCGGCGCCUCAUCAUUCGAAUCUCGAGAUCGACACAACCGCGGACGGCAGCGAAGACGAAGAUGCAGAAGAGUACGUAGUCGAGUCUGUCAUCGAGCACUACUACGACGAUGAUGGCAGGAAGUACUACCUCGUGAAGUGGCAAGGCUACGACAGCCACGACUGGCUACCUUCGGAGGAUCUCGAGGGUGCGGCUGAGUUGUGUCGACCAAUGGCGCUGUCAGCCGCCGACCCUUGCAGAUCGCGACUGCUCGCACUGUGUCGACAAGCGUGUGUUGGAAGGUGGAGCAUACAUACUGCGCCUGCCUCCUACACUCAGCCUUCCCUCCUCCCACCUCGGCCCACCUUUACGACAGCAUCUCGACGUUGCCGGAUCUCUAGGCACGAGGCUUUGCCAUUACGAUCAAGGAAUCCCGCCACGAUUGUAGGCCUGACCGCCGGAGCGUUGACGCUUGCAACAAGCUUACUGCCCGCCGUUCUUGGCCUCGAGACCGGUAUUGACGAGUUCAAAUCGAUCGAUGAGACGUUGCAGGGCUUCGCCGGCGAGGUGGUUGCCUUCCGCUCAGUUUUGUUCAUACUCCAGACAGAGCUAGGACUCAUCGAGAAAGAGUCCAAUUCAGAGGUCCCAGCAUGGUGGGACAGAGAUGCUCUUACGACGUUACUUACGAAUGCUGCAUCUACCUUCUCUCGGCUAGAAGCGGUUGUCAGUAACAUUCAAGGUCGAACAAGUACGCCGUCCAAGUCGCGCACUUCAGACAGCAGAUACAAGUCUACACGAGGGCCUUGGAGAUUUCCGUCGGCCUGGCCAGAUUCUAAAUCUCGUAUUAAGCAUGCAAUGACACCAUCUGAUAGUACAGCGUUCAACAUCUGUCCAGUGUGA